AUGCGGGAUGAAGAAGGAUGCCUGAAACCAAUUGUUUUGAUUUCAUCUGAUGGAGGACCCGACGAAAACCCGAGAUAUCCAAAAGUUAUUUCCCAUGCCAUACACCACUUUGUCAAGCAUGAUCUAGAUGCAAUAUUCAUCUUUACGAAUGCACCUGGCAGAAGCGCGUUCAACCGUGUUGAGAGAAGAAUGGCGCCUCUAAGCCGGGAAUUAUCUGGACUUAUAUUUCCGCAUGAUUUUUAUGGAAGUCAUUUGGAUGAACAAGGGAGAACAAAAGAUCAUGAUCUUGAAAAAAUGAACUUUCAGAAAGCUGGAAAAGUUCUCGCAGAAGUAUGGGAUAAUAUGGUUAUCGACGGCCAUGACGUCGUAGCAGAGUAUGUCGAGCCCGAUGACAGUUCUGAAAGCUUUAUUCCAGACCUGCCUUCUCCGCAGUGGUAUAGCGAGCAUGUGCGAGAGAGCCAGUAUUUGCUUCAGGUGGUGAAGUGUGAUGACCGCGCUUGCUGUGGACAUAUGCGGAGUUCUCUUCGAUCUAUUCUUUCGGAGCGCUUCGUUAUACCUCCUUACCCAAUUUUACAGUCAUCUAGUGGCCUAUGUAUUCUGAAGCCUCAAGAGCACGAUGGCAAGACCUUUGCUACAUUUCUUCUGCGUCGGUCUCUUGGAAUCACCCCAACGCAUGAGGGCUUUAAAAAAUUGCCUUAUGACUUGUAUUGUCCUAGUCUGCAGAAGGAUCGUCAGCAACUCUUGGAAAGGACGUGCCAGCGGUGUGGAUUGUACUUCUGUACAAAGAAGAAAGUUAAGGAACAUCCAAUCGACGAAAAAUUGGCGUGCCAUACUGAAAAUCAAAAGAAUUCUAUUAAUAAACAAAGCUGUCGAGAUUGCGAUUUAGGAAACAUCAGUAAUGAUAGAAGAAACAUUCAUUUUGAUAACUGCACUGAUUUAGUAGCGGUACAUGGAAGACCUUUUGCACUUAUAGAAGACGAAGCUUUUCAAAAAUUACUCAACUUAAUACCAGGUAUGUCAGGAACCCCAAUUAACUCUACAAAUAUAAAACGCAUUAAAUUAUCCAUUGAAGAAAAAGCCCACAUGCUCCGAAAAAAUAUUUGUGAUGAGGUAAAGAAUAAACUUAUAGCAUUAAAGGUUGAUGUCUCAUCUCUAAAAUCGAGACAAUUUCUUGGGCUGAAUAUUCAAUACAUACGUGAAGGCAAAAUUGUGUUACGAAACGUUGGCAUAAUGGAAUUACAUCAAAGAAAUACGGCUGAGUUUCUUAAAGACUGUGUAACUUUCAUGUUGAGUCGUUUUGGCAUUGAAAUUAAGCAGUUAAAUUCAAUCACAACUGACAAUGGAGCCAAUAUGCUGAGCAUGGUAAAAAAAAUUGAUGAGAGGAUACGUGAAGCCCCAGAAAUCUUUGAGAGUCUCGAAGAUGAGACCGAUGUCGACGAUACUGACUAUUAUCAAAACUUGAUCGACAACUUACAGUUUGACCUGGUCAGCUCCGAGAUUAUCCCUAGUCACUGCAGUUCGAUGUGCGGCACACACGCUGCAACUUGCCGUUCGAGAUGCCUUAAAUGA